UUCGAAGUGUCACGUGAUCUCAAAAUGGUGGACAAACUAACUUCCGCGUUUCGUUCCAGAUCAUCAAUUUUGUAAAUAUUUUUAGAAUUGCGCAUCGGAAAUCCACGCAUGUUUGCAGAAUAUAACAAAGAACAUCACAGAAACAGCUGAAAAUGAAAUCAUUAGAAGCAAAAGUCGUAGUUCUUGGAUCUCAAGGUGUGGGAAAGACUAGUGUUGUUAUCAGAUAUGUAGGAGGAAUGUUCAGUAAAGCUGUCAGUCCAACCAUUGGUGCCUCAUUCUUUACAUAUAAAUUAAAUGUAGACAAUUACAGAGUGAAACUUCAAGUUUGGGAUACAGCUGGUCAAGAAAGGUUUAGAUCCAUGGCCCCUAUGUAUUACAGAAAAGCCAAUGCUGCCAUGUUGAUAUAUGAUAUAACCUCAUCAGAUACAUUCUAUGAUAUUAAAGACUGGGUUAGUGAAUUAAAAAGAAAUGUUGAUACUCCAAUAAUUACAUGUCUUGUUGGCAAUAAAUGUGAUUUACAAGAUGGUCGCCAGGUGAAGGAGGAGGACGCCCAGGAAUACGCUGAUUCUAUAGAUGCUUUGUUCUUUGAGACAUCAGCAUUGAAAAAUACAGGAAUCGAGGAAGCAUUUUUAGAGGUUGCUAAGAGACUGAUUAAACUGUAUGAAACCUCGCCAACAUCGGGGCUGCAGUCAAAUAGCCCUGAAAACUCACCCGAGAAAAACGAUGAACGUAUACAUAUAGAACCGCCCUCCAGGCAUAAAGGACCACCCCCUAGUGAAGAAAACCAGUCAAAGUGUUCUUGCUAGUAUAUGUCAUUCCUGUUUUUUGUCAAGAACCGCCCUCCAGGCAUAAAGGACCGCCCACUAGUGAAGAAAACCAGUCAAAGUGUUCUUACUAGUGUAUGUCAUCCCAGUUUUUUGUCAAGAACCGCCCUCCAGGCAUAAAGGACCGCCCCCUAGUGAAGAAAACCAGUCAAAGUGUUCUUGCUAGUGUAUUUUAUCCCCGUGUUUUUGUCAAUAUGUGUGUUAAUGUUCAUCAUUGUUCAGAGUAGUUGUAUAUAUUGUGUAAGCUAUAUAUAUGAUUGUUAUUGUUUAUUUUAUUUAUUUUUUUAAACAAAAGAUAUUAUUUUGAAUUGGCUUUUGAUGCAUUAACUAAUCUGUGACAUCAUAGAAAGAUUGUGACUUCUACAUGUACGCUAACUUUCAGAUGAAAUAAACGUAUUCUAAAAAUAGUCUGAUGAAUUGAAUUCAUUUGCUCGCUGCACGUAAAUUUGCUCGCUACUCAUAAAUUUGCUCAUUUAAACACACAUUUAUGUUUUAUAAAUACAUAAUGAGCAAGUUUCGCUGAACUUUCAGAAAACUUUCUGAUCUGAAUUUUGACAGCGUAGACGCUUAAUGAAAUAAAGUAUCACAUGUAUACAUAUCUAUACAAGUUUGAAAUCACAAACUAUCUGUUACUUGUAUGUCACAAAAAUUAACAUGUAAUAGAUACUAGUACUUUGGAUAAAGGUUUAUAACCAUUUUAAUUUAUUUUUAAUUAAAAUGUGCCUUGAGUAUUAUCCACAAAACUGGGUGUUUAGAACAUUCAUAAUUCUCUUUUAACAUGCAGGUUUUUUUUUUAGAAACGUCAUACUAUUGCUGCUUCAAAAUUCUUGUGUCAAUAUGUACCAUAAUCCAUUUACUUUUUACAUUUAUUAGAUUUAUAUUGCUCACAAGUUAGGUGUGAUUUCAGACAUUUUCCAUUUUCAAAACAUUCAAGUAAAUACAUUUUGAAGGAAGGUGUCAGGCAAUUUUGCCAAUUACUCCUGACAUUUAGUGCAUCGGAGCCAUGUCAUUUAGUGUUUGAAGUUACAGUAUAUUGUUUCUGUCAGAGAGCUUACCGAUUGAAUUUUACUGUUUAAAUGUAUUACAAAUUUAGAAAUUUGUUCCACAUUUUUUUAGACUUCCUGUUGUACUUAAAUGAGUACAAUUUAUGACCUUAAUUAUAUGUACAUUAGGUUGGCUAAUGUUGGUAAUGGUUUUAAUUUUUCUAAUAUUCACAUAGUGACAUGCACAUUUUAAAUACUCGUGAAUAUUAAGAAGUAUAAGCAACCAGGAAGUGAAAAUUCUGAACAGCCACAAGAUGUCUGUUGACUGUCUAAAUGCGAAAUGAAAGAAAUGCGCUGUGCUAUGAGAAAACCAACAUAGUGCGUUUGCGACCAGCAUGGAUCCAGACCAGCCUGCACAUCCGCGCAGUCUUGUCAGGAUCCAUGCUGUUCGCUAACAGUUUCUCUAAUUGCAAUAGAGUUUGAAAGCAAACAGCAUGGAUCCUCCAAACGCACUAUGUUGGUUUUCUCAUGGUGCGGCUCAAAUUUCACUAGUUUAAGGUUGAAUACAUUUGACGAGGAUUUUCUAGAUUUAAAUUAAUAUCUAAUAUUGAAAUAUUUUUGCUAAAAAAUGAGCAGAGAACAUCUUUAAGAUGUUGGGAAGUCAUUGUAAUAGAUAAACUGCUGACAUAUUAAAAUGUUUCUCCAUGUUGUGUUAAACUCUUGAUAUGUCAUAAAAAAUUAGGCCUAAAAAAUUGGUUGUUUCUGGUACCCGACCUAUCCUGAAAAUCUGCCACGACCCGAAAUGUUUUUAUGGCAUUGGAAUUUUGUUUAUACUUUUCGCUUUGUGUUGCUCUUUCUUCAUUGUAAAACAAACCUAAAAAAAUCUACCUACCUACCCAAUUUUUUUUUGGCAUGUUACCGGAAACAAACAUUUUAGUUAGGCCUUAUCGUGUUUAGUAAAUGUAUUUAGUUUGCUCAAGUAGCUUCAUAUUCUAUUUUUGUACAUUACUGUUAAUACCAGCAUUUGUUUUCAACUACAGCAGAAAAAACAUUUUCAGAAAACCUCACAUAUCAGUUUUGGCAUGAAAAACUCUUUAUUUUUGCAUUUAAAUGGCAGUAUUUUCUUUCAUCAUUUUUGAAAAUAUUCCAUUUGCUAACCAAUCAGAAAGUUGCUUAUCAUUUCAACAUGUGCAGGAUUUGUCUUAGAAACGGCAUUAAAAAAGAAAUCAAUAAUUGAGCCGGAUCCAUGCUGUUCGCUUUUAAAGCCUAUUGGAAUUGGAGAAACUGUUAGCGAACAGUAUGGAUCCUGACCAGACUGCGCGGAUGUGCAGGCUGGUCUGGAUCCAUGCUGGUCGCAAACCCACUAUGUUGGUUUUCUCAUGGCACGGCUCAAUUUAGAUUUUUAUGUUUCCAGGAAAGUUAUUAAAACUGUCAUACAAGAUUUUUUAUUUAACAUUUAUGUUUUUUCAGCUGUGAUGUGAUUUGCACCUGAAAAGAAAAAAAAACAAAUAUUACUGUAAAAGGAGAAAGGAGAAAUUUUCACGAGGGUUUAAUUUUUGCUAAAUUCGCGAGGCCCCAAUCUCUCGUUAAUUAAUCCUCGUGUAAAUAUUCACCAUUACAGUAACUAUAAUUCAAACUCAAAUAGUAUACCAUUUUUACAAUUUCACAAAUAUUAAACUGAGAGAACAUCCUCCAAAUUAAAAAUUCGGGAAAUUUUGACACAGCAAAAAUAUGUGCUUUUACAGUAAUAGACUAAGGUUGUCAGUAGGACUGGGACGAUUACUCGGUUAAUCGGAUCCGAUUGGAUUACUAGGUGAAACCGGUUUCAAUAUUGCAAAACCGCUAAUCGCUUUAAAACAAUAAACAUAUAAAUGACCGGCACAUAGACCCGCAGUAUAUUUCCGCUAAAACACAUCAACUUAAACAUAAUCAGUAGUCUUGGAUUUGCUUGUCGUGAUAUAUCUAAAAAUACACCAAAAUAUGACUUAUCAAUUAUCACACUGCUUCCAAAACGAUAAGUCCGUAUGUUCCUAACGAAGCAAACUGCUGGAAGUACCUUUAUAAGGUUGUCAGUAAAGAAAACAGCAUUUCAAAUAUGGCGGCCGAUUAACCGGUUCGAUUCGGUUUCAUAUAAAUGAUUAUCCGGUUUCAAAAUUUUGAAAUCGUCCCAGUCCUAGUUGUCAGUAACUGUAAAUAUAUUUUAUUACAUACUCAUUUAAAAACUUAAAUAAGUUUCAGUGGAACCUGAAACGUCAAUAUUUUUCCAUAUUGACAUUCAAAUUUCAUAUCUGGUGUGUGACAUCAAUUUCCUGGAUUAUUUCAUAUAUUAAGAUGUUACAUUGUGUGUAUAGAUUAAAAAUCUCUACUCAGCUGAUGAUAUUACAAUAUCUUUAUAUUAAAAAAAAAAUCACCAACAUUUAUAUUUGAAAUUAAAACAGGGUCUGCCCUACAUUCUUCUGAUAGGUGUCUCAUGAGUAAAUCAGAAGAAAACCAAAUGAAGUGCCAUAGAUUCUGUAAAAUAUGUCUGUUUAAUGUUGUUCUUUUUUUUUUUCAUUCAAUUUAAUAUAAUAUAUUGACAUGGUUACAUGUUAAUAGCAUGUAACAAAUACUGCAGUUUGAGAAAUCACAAGUUCAGGCACACGAGUUAUAAAACUGAAUUUUGAGACCAGUCUCAAAAUUCUAUCAUGUGAUUGGUCGACUUUUGGCAUAUAUUUGAGCUUGACAAAUGGCAAUGCUGCAUUGUAAGACUUGUGGCCAGACUCAGACAAUUAUGCAAAUGAAAUGUUAAUCAAGCUUUUGCCAACUAUAAGGCUUGCUUGUUUUCUUUAUAUUCGUAUUAAUCACAUGUUCAUCUCAAAGAUGACUUUACUUGAUUUUUGUCUGAAAGAAAAGUAGUUAACUCUGAUUAAUUUAACAAAUGUCAUAUUUUUGACCUGCAUUGACAGAUCUAAUCCAGUUUGUCUAUGAAAUUCGACAAUGUAAAAUUUUAAACAAUGCCUCAAAGCCUUAUGAAGGCAUGUGGUAAUGUUGGAAUAUGUGUUUUAAUGUUCAAGUUAUUUUUAUGUAUUAAUUUUACAGCAUUUUACUGGUGCUUAAUUAGUUUGAAAAGACUUUGGUUAUAACAUGGCUGCCAUUUUUUUUAUCAUGAACAUAAGAUAUAUAAAUUCUUAUUUUCACUACUUGUUAUAUCAUAUAUUUGUCAUAGGUUUGAAUAAUUUAUUUACAUAUUGAAUCCAUUUUUUUAUCACCUCCUUUUAUGGCUCUAACAGUAAAAGAUGAUGAAGUAUGCGUAUUCCUUACUUGGAGUUUCAACAUAAAAUUUGAAAUCACUAUCAUGGAACUUUAAAAAGGUAUUUAGUAUAUGUUAUACUACAAUUAGCCACUGUAAGAAAAAAAAAAUUGAGGAAUGAAUGGGAAAGAUUAAUGUAUCUUGAAUAUUUUCUGAAAUGAGGCAUGUUCGGCAUUUAAAUACUGACUAACUGCUCCAUAGAGUUCAAAUGUUUGAACCAUUAAAAGCUUAGUGAUAAAUGUUAUAAUGAAUUUUCUUCAAUUUUUGUAGACAUCCUCAUAAAACCCAUUUUUUGUCAAGAAAGAAAAUCAAACUUGUGUGAACUGUUCUGUGUUAUAUUUAUGUUUACUCUUUGGCUCCCUUCUGUGUAAUAAAUUUCAGUACUGUGAUGCAUGCCAGGUUGUGACAUAAAUAAGCUAAUAUAUUUCUUGAGAGCAUUUUGGUAAGAUGGUCAAGGGAGACAACUCCUACAGUCCCAGAUAUAUUGUACAUAUACUUUUUUUAAACAUUUAUCUCUAAAAACUCUUGAGCUGACGUUGCUUCAGAAGUCAGGAAAGACAGUUCAUAGUUAUAUUGAGGUAAUCAGGCUUUCCACAUCCUACCUGGCCUAAAGAAGUUUUUCAGCAUUUAACGCAUGUUGAACACUUAUUAACUGGAUAUUUGUUUGUCAAUUGUACAUGCUGUAAGAUCAAAAAAAUUUGGACACAAUAGUACUUUCAAUGUAUUCUUAAAAUUGUAGUAUCUUCAGUUUAUGUGUGUAUUAAAUUUGAUCUUAGACAUAAAACAAUGUCGUUUCAACAAUGUAUUGCCAAUACUCAUUUUGUUCAUGUAAAUUCUUUGUUACAGUAUUCUGUGCUAGUUGCAAAGGCAGAAUCACUUGUCGCUAGCAUGCUAAAGGUUUAGAUAUUGUCACAGCUAUAUAUUUUUUUUGUCUAAAAUUAACUCUUUGUCUUCAAAAUGAACUUUACAUCUGGUAACUUUUACUCACAAAACAAUUUUGAAAGAAGCAAAAAUAAAAAAGGUACAUCUUGCCGAAUGUGCAAUAUAUGGAAGGAGAUGUGUUCUGUGAUUGAAACUCCUGGAUUUUUGGUGUAAACUUUAGAAGAUUAUAGAAACCAGAAAAUUUGAAAAUAGUUCUAAUUAAUUAAUAGUUGAAUAGUUUAAACAGUUUUGAAGACAAUAUCUUUAUUUUAGACAAAAAAUGUAAAAUAUCUCUGAGAUUACAUUUCAAAAUUUUACGAGUCAUACGGAAUAUAUUGCAUUUCUGUUAUGUACAAAUACUACAUUUAAAUAGUGCCUUCCUAUACACAAACCAGUCAAAUAAUUGCUGAACGAAGCCUAAAUUUUCUCAUUUCUCAGUUUAUUUUGGUACAUGGUAUAUAUUUUCAUAAUUUCUGCACAGUUCAUGGUUGUUUUACUGGGCCAUUGUAGAAAAGGGUUAUAGAAAAUUUUAUUAUGAUCUGUUUUUAGCUUAAAUUGCAAAUAAUUAAGUUUUUCACAAUAGCCUUGAAUAUAUCCAAGGUCUGUCAUAUUGGCCUUUGUUAGGUCUGUUGUACUGGCCCAUGAAAGGGCCAUCUAAUUGGCUUCUGUAUGGUCUGUUGUUCGAAUGCUUUUCUUCUUUUUAUGCCCCCGAAGGGAGGCAUAUUAGUUUUCAACUGUCCGUUCGUUCGUCACAACGUUAACUUUUUGCAUGAAGGCUCUUUACUCGCGAACCACUGCACCCAGGACCUUCAAACUUCACAUGCUGAUAGUACUUAUGGAGUACACCACCCCUACUGACUUUGGGGUCACCAGGUCAAAGGUCAAGAUCACAGGAGCCAACGUUAACUUUUUGCAUGAAGGCACUUUACUCACAAACCACUGCACCCAGGACCUUCAAACUUCACAUGCUGAUAGUACUUAUUGAGUACACCACCCCUACUGACUUUGGGAUCACCAGGUAAAAGGUCAAGGUCACAGGGGCCAACGUUAACUUUUUGCAUGAAGGCAUUUUACUCGCAAACCACUGCACCCAGGACCUUUAAACUUCACUUGCUGAUAGUACUUAUUGAGUACACCACCCCUACUGACAUUGGGGUCACCAGGUCAAAGGUCAAGGUCACAACUUUAACUUUUUGCAUGAAGGCACUUUACUUGCGAACCACUGCACCCAGGGCCUUCAAACUUCACAUGCUGAUAGUACUUAUUGAGUACACCAUGCCUACUGAUUUUGGGGUCACCAGGUCAAAGGUCAAGGUCACAACGUUAACUUUUUGCAUGAAGGCACUUUACUCGCGAACCACUGCACCAGGUCAAAGGUCAAGGUUACAGGGACCAACGUUAACUUUAUGCAUGAAGGCACUUUACUUUAUGCAUGAAGGCACUUUACUCGCGAACCACUGCACCCAGGACCUUCAAACUUAACAUGCUGAUAGUACUUACUGAGUACACCACCCCUACUGACUUUGGGGUCACCAGGUCAAAGGUCAAGGUGCUGCGGGGGCAUUUGUCACCAUUAGUGACAGCUCUUGUUAUCAUGUAUAACCAGCUUUUCAAGUACUUAGUAUACUAUACAUAAUUUAAUUCAAUGCUUACUUCUCAUGGAAAGUGUAACCAGAUAAUGCCACAAACUGUAUUUAAAUUAAUUUUUGCAUUCAUGCCUUCUCAAAAGGAACUGGCUCUAAAGUAAGAUUGCAGAUCCAGUCUAGAAACUCCAGCAUUUGAUUGGCUCUUUUGAAACACCAACUUGAAAUUGACCAGUGGUAUGGUUUCAUUCCUAGACUGAUCACCUAAUUUAUGCAUUUAGUUAAAACUGUACUAGUAUGUACAUGUAUUAGGCAAUUGUGUUACUUCCAUAGUUCAGUUGUUAUUAUGUAAUUUGAAGCUUAAGAAAAGUAAUAAAAAUUUAAUGAAAUA